AGGCGUGAGUCCUGUGGAGGGGGCAAGGUCACUUACGUCGCCUCCCGCGCGAGUCAGCACGUGACCCUGUUCUUGUUCGGCGCCUUGGCGUGUCAUCGUGCCUCUCUUGUUAAAAGGCGGCAACACGAUGUCGGAGACGGCGCCGUGGACACGGCCCCAGUCGGUGCCCUUCCCGAGCGUCGUGCAGCGCCACGUGGGCCGGCGGCCGCAGGGAGGCGCCGGAGGAGACGCGCCGCCCGCCUACCUCGUCCAGGAGCUGCCCGACGGCCGCCACGAGGAGGCCGUGCGCCUCAUGGCCGACGUCUUCCUGCGUGAGGAGCCCAUCACGUCGUGCUUCGGCUUGCGCGACGAUCCAGAGGCGUUCGCGGAGCUGCAGGAGGUGUGGCGGGUGGUCCUGUCGGAGCGCCUCAGCCUGUGCGCCCUGCUGGAGCAGCCGGACGGCAGCCCGGGGCCGCUGGCCGCCCUCAACAUGCUCACGGUCGUCCGGCCCGGCGAGAAGUUCGAGUUGAAAAACGAGAAGCUGGCGGAUCUACUGAAGGCGGUGAAGGAGGUGGAGGCGCUGGUGCAGCCGGACGUGUUCGAGCGCUUCGGCGUGCCGGAGUGCCUGUACGCGCUGGGCCUGGUGGUGGCGCGCGAGCACCGCGGCCAGGGCCUGGGCGAGCAGCUGCUGCGGGCCCGCUGGCCGCUGGGCCGCGCCCUGGGGCUGCGGGCCACCUCCACCGUGUUCACGGGGCCCGCGUCGCAGCUGCUGGCGCGCCGCGCCGGCUUCCAGGCGCUGGCCGAGGCGGCGUACGGCGACCAGCCGCACCCCGCCUUCCACACCAUCACCAGCUCGCGCAGCAUGAUCUUCAUGGCGGCCGCCCUGGAGUGAGCAGCACGGAGAGUGCCUGGCCUGGAAACACACGUUUUUUUUAUCUUUUUUAUAUGUACUUAAUCAAAACUGUAAACUACAGACUGUUACUGAAUAAAUUGUACGGAAUGAUAAAAAA